UUUCCUGCUGUGCAUCUUAAUGGGCUGUGUUCUGUUAAAAAGCCACAACCUCACUCAUCUAAGCACUAGCAGACACCCUGAGCCAAUAACUUCAGGCACAGACUCUGGAGGUGACAGCUGCAGAGGAUUCACACCAGAGGGCUGCUAAUCGCAUAUUUGAGCUGUUCUGAAUCUAUGCAGAUAAAACCUCUGAACCCCGGGAAAGAGAAUGUUAAUGAAAUUGUGGACUCUGCUGAUACUGGCUAAUCUUUCAUUGUCAGUAACUAUUCCAGAGAUAGAAAAGGAUCCAAAUUACUGGAGGCGACAGGCACAAGAAACCCUACAAUAUGCACUGAAGUUACAGACCCUAAACACAAAGACUGCAAAGAAUGUCAUUAUGUUCCUGGGCGAUGGUAUGGGUGUCCCAACAGUGACUGCCACCCGGAUCCUAAAGGGGCAAAUGAAUGGAAAACCUGGUGAAGAAACCCAACUAGAAAUGGACAAGUUUCCAUAUGUUGCCCUGUCAAAGACUUAUAACACUGAUGCUCAGGUUCCAGACAGCGCUGGUACAGCCACAGCCUAUCUGUGUGGUGUGAAGGCAAAUGAAGGCACCGUAGGGGUUAAUGCAGCAGCUGUACGGGGUCACUGUAACACCACCAAGGGCAAUGAAGUAGAUUCUAUCCUUAAGUGGGCUAAAAAGGCAGGGAAAUCAGUGGGUGUAGUAACUACGACCAGGGUCAACCACGCAACCCCCAGUGCUGCCUACGCACAUUGUGUAAACAGAGACUGGUAUUCAGACAACGAGAUGCCUGCUGAUGCCCUGGAACAAGGAUGUAAAGACAUUGCCUGGCAACUAGUACACAAUAUUCCAGACAUAGAUGUCAUUAUGGGAGGAGGAAGGAAGUACAUGUACCCCAAAAAUACACCAGACAUAGAAUAUCCGAAAGAUGAAAAGGCUAAUGGCACACGUCUGGAUGGCAUGAACCUGACCAAAAUAUGGCUGGAUCUAAAGCCAAACAAGCAGGCGGCACGUUAUGUAUGGAAUAGAGAGCAGCUGAUGUCUUUGAGUGCACAAGAUGUAGAUUAUCUUCUGGGUCUCUUCGAGCCAGUGGAUCUGGUGUACGAAUUGGACAGAAACAAGACCAUGGACCCAUCCCUACCUGAAAUGGUGGAAAAAGCCAUCCAAAUACUGAAGAAAAAUCCCAACGGAUUCUUUCUACUUGUGGAAGGUGGCAGGAUAGACCAUGGGCACCAUGAAGGCAAGGCAAAACAAGCCUUACAUGAAGCUGUACAGAUGGAUAUUGCCAUCGGUCUUGCAGCAAGUUUGACCAGAGAAGAGGACACCCUGACAGUAGUCACUGCUGAUCAUUCCCAUGUUUUCACUUUUGGAGGUUACACUCACAGGGGAAAUUCUAUAUUUGGUUUAGCUCCAACUUUAAGCGACGUAGACAACAAGCCAUUUACAUCUAUUUUAUAUGGCAAUGGUCCUGGCUACAAACUGGUGGAUGGGUCACGAGAGAAUGUUUCUACUAUUGAUUUCAAUCACCCAAACUACUUGGCACAGUCAGCAGUUCCUCUCCGUAUGGAGACACAUGGCGGGGAAGACGUGGCAGUUUUUGCCAAGGGCCCAAUGGCUCAUCUACUGCAUGGAGUUCAUGAGCAGAAUUAUAUACCUCAUGUCAUGGCAUAUGCAUCAUGUGUUGGGCAGAACAAAGACCACUGUAAAUCAGGGGGUGUCAGUCACAGUUCCAGAGUCUCUUUCACACUGAUGUCUACUCUGUUGUCCAUCCUCUUGGUCAGGCUCUUGUUUUAACUGGAGAAUUUUUUUUUUUUUUUUUUAUAUAUACACUGAAGCCACAGAAGAGCUACCUCCAACCAUACAAGACUUUCAGCUCCUUUGCUUUUAUCAGACUAUUCUUAAAAAUAUAUUUUUUUUAAACUUUGAAUCCUAGUGGAGAUCAAAUAAUUUGUUACAACAACAUGUUGCUGUAAUGCUCCAGAAUUUUCUACAGCACUGGAUUUGUGUGAUAUCAACUUGUUCCUUCUAAUCUGAAUUUCAUUUGAUGACCUGCCUUGUCCAUUGGGGGGGGGGAGGAAGGGAAGGAGGGAGAUGUGUGGCAUACUUGAAAUUCCGGCACUAAUUAACACUUCAUCUAGGUUACAGAUUUAUUUUAUCCAAGGGUUAACAUGAUUCAGUAGAUUUAUUAAACUUUGCAAACCAUAGGUUAAAGCAGUCCUACAAGCAGUACUGAGUAGCAAAGAGAAAGGGAUAUGAAUUCUAGGUAGUAAGAAGUGAUAAGUGAAGAGAGUCUUUAAAAAGGGGAGAACUUUUACAGUACAAUAUCCUUUUAUGUGCUGCAAUAGUCAAUUUUGGGUACUUGUGUGUAUUACAUUACUUAAACACAAAAAAACAAAAACACUACUUUGUGGUUUGAAAUGCUGAUUUUGCCCAUUGAAACCAUCACAUUGAAGAUUGUGAUAUUGCAGUAUUGGCUAUGGAAAAGCUAUGUAAACAAAAAACAAAAAAAGUUUACCACAUUAAAUCAGCCUCCCAGUGGGGGUGGGGGUAACCCAGUCCAUUUGAAAGGGUGUUCCUGGGUGGGUAGGAGAGAAGCAUUAAACGCAAAUUCACAAGUGUAUGCAAACUCAAGUGGAUAAUAUGUCAGUUUAGAGAAAAAAUACCCACAAAAAACGUAUUUAUAAAUCAACAUUGUAAAAAUUGUUAAGUUUAUAGUUUGAAUCUAAAGAUAAACAGAUGUUUUGCCCAAGUUGAAGAUUGAAAAGAUGCAGCUAAUUAUUGAGCACUCAGGUUGUCCAGUAACUACAAGACACAGCUUGCAUCUCAAGGUCAAACUAAAGUUGGGCAUUAACUGGUUUAGAUCUAGUGGUUGACUAUAACAAGUUACAUUUUAGCGGAAUUAUUUGACUGUGAAAGAACGGUAUAAGAACUACAAGAGUAGAUGUAGUGACAUCACAACUCCACCAGCAUAAGCGUGUACAAGUAUAAGUGUGACUGCAGUCAGUUUGGGGGAGAUUUCCAGACAGCACUAAAACUUACUCUAAUUUUAGUGAGCCACUAGUCUGGGUAAUACGGGUACAUGCGUUUUAGUGAAGAAUACAUUAAAACCAAAGCUUCAUUACAGUAUGCUCAUUAAAGGGCCGCUGUACUCAAAUUUUCUGCAAUACACAUUUUAUUUGCCUGAAAAACUAAUUAGUUUAUAUGAAUUCACCAGUUGUACACUUCCUUGUAAUGCUCAUUGGUUGUAUAGAGAGAAGUAAAAGCAGUUUAAAUAGAAACUAAUACAGCAAUAUCAAGUGAACGUGUUUAAAUGCUACUCUUUCACAUGGAUGACAAUUUGAGUACGGUGUCACUAAGAGCAGCUAUGGUGGCACAUUUACCAACUGUCUAGUAGCUACACAGGAACCCUGUGCAAAAUCCGUCCAAUAAACCGGUUUGAUACAAAAUUAUUCUUGGUAAUCCAGUGACUUAUGUCUAGAUUUACAGAACCAGAUGUAAUAUGAAGCAGGAUGCAUGGUCAUAGUUUAAAAUUACCAUGUAUUAUUGCUUAUGAACUGAAAGUUGUUACUUUUCUACAAAAUGUAAAUUUGGAAAAUAGAUUGACAAAAAAUAAAUAUGCCAUCAGUUUUUCUUUA